ACGGCGCUCACACCAGCCUUCUUUCGGAGCUGGAGUUUGUUAUAGCUAUUCUUUCGGCUUCUUCCGCACUCUAGCUACGCACUCUUUCUGUUGGCUUCUUGGCCGAGGCAAAGCCCCUUUGCUCUUGUUGUCAUGAGCUUCUAAUGUUCUAUUAUUGAUCUUCAGUCGCCAAUUUUGACAAUCCCAUCGCUUUCAUCGUCGUUGCGCUUUCUACGGUUCCUACUUUGCCUGUCUGCUUCAGAUUUUGCAAUUGCUUACUCGCCAUUGUCCAAUCUAUCUUGAGCACCUAGCUUACUCCACCCACCGAUUAUUUUCAAAAAGUUGCAUUCUUUGCGUCAAGCCUAUUCAUUUGAAACACCGAUUCGAUCACUUAUUCUUUCUUUUCUCGAUUCUUUGUGUGGAAGUAUCGCUUUCCGCGCCAUGUUUUUUCUCAAGGAGGAAACCAAGGUCAUCACAUUGCACCCGUCCUAUUUUGGACCUAAUGUGCGAGAGUACCUCAUAAACCGGCUGAAUGAGGAGGAAGAAGGACGUUGUACGGGAGACCACUUCGUGAUUUGUGUGAUGGACAUGGUAGAUAUCGGAGAAGGGCGGGUUCUACCUAGUGGUGGGCAAGCCGAAUACACAAUUAAAUAUCGAGCCAUUAUUUGGAAGCCGUUCCGUGGAGAGACUGUCGAUGCUAUCGUUACGUCUGUUAAACCCACCGGUAUAUUCACGUUAGCGGGUCCAUUGUCUGUUUUCAUUGCGCGCAAAAAUAUUCCGUCCGAUAUCAAGUGGGAGCCGAAUACAGUGCCUCCUCAAUACACAGAUCAUGCGGACCAGGUCAUUGAGAAGGGGACAAGCCUACGGCUUAAAAUACUUGGUGUCAAACCAGACGUCGCCGCAAUCAAUGCCAUUGGAACCAUAAAAGAGGAUUACUUAGGACCACUGUAAAAUAUUUUGACGAGAAGAUACCUUUAUCGCAUCUAAUGAUUAUACCAAUAUUACCACCAGCGAGCGCUUGAGAGGUUUUCUGUCGCUUUUUUUAAUCAUCAUACAAGGACAACUCGGUGAAGGGGCAGGUGUCCCGGGGAGAUGCGAGCACGGGCCAAUCAAAGAACACCCGUCAGUAUCUCCAGCUCAAUAAAAUUGUUUCUCAAAUGAGAAGACAACCUCACAACCCUCACUGGUGAAGUGGGCUGCUGGUCAGCAGAAUCAAGGCUCAGGCAAUGCAGCCUGUUGAAAUAGAGCAUGCGGACACCAUGGGCUUUCGCUGCGAUACUUUUCAAGGGAGGUGGAUGCCGAUCUUGGUUAGAGUGUGCGAGGCAUCAGUUAGAUGUCACUAUAUCCAAAAGCAAGAAGACAGAUGUAUAUGAAAUGCACUUUAUUGCUCUCGAGGGUUCUUUAAUUCAACUAAGUAACCACCACUCUGCACGGCGCCCGAACAGGACAGGUCAAUUUUUGUACGGGAUGUGGCCUACUGAUGCCAUAGUCAUGCUAGAGGGGUCGCCAGAGUUUCGCUUUCAAUGACUGGACUUGGUAAAGGAACAUUUCUAUAAGAUGUGUUUCCAACACGCAAUAUACCCACUAUGUGAGAGAUUUCACUUCUGACUGCUUUCUUGAAAUUGGAAUUGGUUGGAAUUUAGCACUCUAUGUCCUCCAGCUUGACAAGGAAGACUAUAU